AUGACUUACCCCAUCCCCCAACCUUCGGUGUCGGCUUAUAAACUAUGGACGGCAUUCUUCGCCAUGAUCUGUGCUGCAAUCGCAUCUUUUCCCUACUUUUUCAACCCCGCCAAGAAUCAGCUCUAUGCGACUAUCGGGUUCCUCGCACCGUACUGCGCUACUAUGUUCAUGCUCAACUGGGAGGUCCUCAUGGUGAUGUCCGUGAAGGGCAUUCUCGGUCUCUGGAUUGGUAUUGGUAACGCCUGUUUGAUACACGUCAUCGCCAGUGCUAUUGACGAUGGUCCGUGGUGUCGCCUAUGGUCAUUCUUGCUCUUCUUGCCCGAGUCCUGGUUUUGGGCCCUCGCAUUCAAACCAACCAACACCAAGCUGAACGAUUGGAUUAUGCCUGAGGGUAUCUUCGUCACUGCAACACUGGGUGGUAUGUUCUACCCACCGGGUGAUUUGUAUAUGGCCCUGGCCGUGGCGGGCAUUUGGGCCACGUUCGGUUUUGUCGUCAUGUGCAGUGUCGUGACCAUACUGAAAGUCACUCAUCUCCUUCCCCAACAAGGCCCCAGUCCCAUUUCUCAAUUCGCCGAUGCAGUUGCUAACGUCUUUGAACACGAAAGCGGCCGCUUUCCCGAUGUCACGUUUGGAUGUGAAGCCUCUGCCGCUUACUACAACGAUCUUGACGUGGCAGUUGAAAAACUGGUCAGCGUGGCCCUUCCUCCCAAGAUCCAGGCGACAGCCUUCACCAUAUCAAGCGAACUUGACUCUCUACGAGAUUGCCUUGCCGAAGGGGAAUUUAGCCAAGCCAUGAUUGACUAUGUUUGGAAACCAUUCUGUGCUGAAUUCACCCAUCUCCGUAUAGCAGUUUCCCAAGCCCUUCGUGACUGUGCCAACGGCAACGCAGAAGUCGGCUGUUAUGAUCUCGACGACCGAGCAAGACGAUGCCAGAGUUACCUCCUUAAAUGCAUCGCGGAGAGCAAUGCUGAAUGCGCUAGGGGACACAUUGAGCCUCCCUCGGCCUCGGAGCUACUCAGAUUCCAUUAUGCUGUGGGCACGAUGAUUUAUGUUGCUAUCCUUACGGAGACUUUCCGCAAGGCGCUAAUUGAGGAGAUUAUCGAGGCUACCAGGCAAAAGAAACUGCAAAACGCCGUAAGUUUACUAUGA